UGCCGGGUAGAUUGAGCAUAAAGCAUAUUGGGCAAUUCAUAAGAUCAACAAGAGUCUAACUGAAGCAGGCUUAUCUAGAAAGCUCCAAUUGAAUGAGCUUGAGGAAAUUCGGAAUGAGGCAUUUGAAAAUGCACGAUUGGCCAAGGUUCGCAUGAAAGAGUUACAUGAUCGGCACAUCAUUCGAAAAAGCUUUCAGGGUGGGAGUGCAGCCAAAUUUUGGCGCCGUUGCCGGGAGAUUGAGGCAAAAAACAAAAAGGAAAAAAAAAAAAACAUCUCCUGAUAAAUUCGGUAACUCUGUUUCUUUUUACUUUAUUUUUUUUUUUCUAUUGUGUAUGAUACUUAGGUCUGGUAGAACUGUAGAAAUUCAGUCACUCAUGUCUCAACACAAUGAGAACAUACCACUUGCACACAACAUGUCUGCACGUGGUAGUGACCACGGUGACCCUGAUCCCAUUGAUCAGGAGAUGAUCAGACCCCUUAGAGAAUAUCUUCAUCCUCCUAGGCAGACAACCCCCUCUUGUAUUAUUCUUCCCAUCAACCAUCAUAGGUUUAACUUCAAACCUGGCACAAUCCAAUUGUUGCCAACUUUUCAUGGCAUGGAUUCUAAAAAUCCAUAUACUCAUAUGAAAGAAUUUGAGGAAGUGUGUAGCACUUGCAUGGACCAUACAGCAAAUGAGGAUGUCACAAGAUUAAAACUCUUUCCAUUCUCACUGAAAGAUAAGGCAAAAAUAUGGUUAAGCACUCUCCCACCUAGAUCUAUAGGAACUUGGAGAGAAAUGCAAACAACUUUCUUAAAAAAAUAUUUCCCUGCCAACAGAACUGCUACUCUUCAAAGACAAAUCAUGAACUUUGCUUGUAAACCAAAUGAGAAUUUUGCUCAAGCGUGGGAAAGGUUCAAAGACCUUCUUCACACUUGUCCGCACCAUGCUUUUGAGCAAUGGAGAGUGGUCAGUUUCUUUUAUGAUUCACUCACUCCCCAAUUGAAAAUGCUAGUUUCUACAAUGUGCAAUGGAGAAUUCUAUGAGAAGACUCCAGAAGAAGCUUUCCACUUCUUUGACACAUUGGCUGAGAAUACAAGGAAUUGGGAAGUUGGUCCAACAUCUGCUCUUGAUUCAAGAGAAAAUCCACAACCUAGAGGGAGAUACCAACUAAGUGAGAGUGACGAUUUAAAUGCAAGAUUAACUGCUUUAACAAAGAAAGUUGAAAACAUGCAACCCAAAAAGGUGCAAUCUGUUAAUCAAGUGGAAGUAAAGUGUGUUGUGUGUGAUGCAUCAGAUCAUUCAACUGAAGAAUGUCCUACCUUACCUGCUUUCAAGGAGGUAUUGUAUGGGCAGACUAAUAACAAUCAUUCACACAACUUUGAAGGGAGACAAAAUCAAAAUCAGAGUGGAGUCUAUUAUGGGAAUAAUCAGAACUACAAUUCAUACCAUCCUAAUAAUAGAAAUCACCCCAAUUUUUCUUGGAGAAAUGAUUCUGGAAAUCAUUCUCAACCUCCAUUCCCUGCACAACAAUACACCUUCCAACAAAAUCAAGGUUCUUCAUCCAAUACUUACCAACCUCCUCAUAGGAGAUCUUUGGAAGAUACCUUGCACCAGUUCAUCCAAAGUCAAACAGGUAUCAACAAUCAGGUUGCUCAACUUGUCAAAAAUCAAGACCAAACAAACAGAGCCAUAGAAGACAUUAGGAGCCAGUUGACCAAGAUAACACAAACAUUGAGUGUGAGAGAACCCGGAAGGUUUCCAUCCCAAACUAAUCCUAACCCAAUUAGACAAACCAACCAAGUAGAAGCUUCAAAUAGUGAAACCAACACUCAUGAACAAGUGCAAGCAGUGACUGCCCUAAGAAGUGGAAAAAUAAUUGAGAAACCAACUGAUCCUAGGAUAAACCAACAUGUUGAUGAAGAAAAAGAACCAAAAGAUCAUGAAUCCACCGUAGAAAAAAAUGAAAAAAAUGAGAAAAAUAAAAAAAAUGAGAAAAAUGAAAAAAAUGAAAAAAAUGAGAAAAAUGAAAAACAAAAAGAAGAUGAAAAAGAAAUUCAAUACAGGCCCAAACCACCUUUUCCACAAAGGUUGAAUCAUUUGAAAAAAGAGCAACAAAAUGCAGAUAUAUAUGAAGUGUUUAAGCAAGUGAGAAUCAACAUCCCGCUGUUGGAUGCAAUCAAACAAACACCUUCAUAUGCAAAAUUUUUGAAAGAUCUGUGCACUGUCAAAAGGAAAACAAAUGUGCAUGAAAAGGCAUUUCUGACUGAACAAGUCAGCGCCAUUCUCCAAUUAAAAACUCCUCCCAAAUACAAAGACCCAGGCUGUCCAACCAUUACAUGCAUCAUAGGAAGCCAAAAGGUUGAUCGAGCACUCUUGGAUUUAGGAGCUAGUGUCAAUUUGUUGCCAUACAGUGUGUAUCAACAGUUGGGAUUAGGUGAGCUUAAACCCACUAGAGUGACCCUUCAGCUGGCUGAUCGAUCAGUCAAAGUUCCACGAGAAAUUGUGGAGGAUGUUCUGGUACAAAUCGAUAAGUUCUACUUUCCAGUAGACUUCAUCGUUUUGGACACCCAGCCGCAUCAGGGGCCUCAACCUCCUGUGCCAGUCAUCUUAGGUCGACCAUUCCUUGCCACAUCAAAUGCCAUCAUCAACUGUAGGAAUGGUGUGUUAAAGCUAUCUUUUGGGAACAUGACUGUAGAAAUGAAUAUCUUCAGGGUAGCCAAACAUCAAGACACUGAGAGUGAAGUGGAGGAGGUAGACUUGAUCCAAACACUGACCAAUGACUAUUUUGAAGAGUUCAUGAGAAGACCCAAAGAAGAAAAUCAAGAUCUUGAAGAAAUAAAAGAAGUGGAAGUCAUAGGCAAAGAAAGUGAGAAGCCUACAUGGAUGCCUAGUUUAGAGCCAUUAAGGAACUUGGACAGUAAGCUCAUGGCUCCUGAUAGCCAUCAGUCCACGCCUGAGAGAAAGCCAUUGCCCAGUGAUUUGAAGUAUGUCUUUCUAGAAGAAGGGGAAGCAUUCCCAGUGGUGAUCUCUUCAAGUUUGACACCUCAGCAAGAGCAACAACUGAUAGAAGUUCUAAAAGCACACAGGAAGUCAUUAGGAUGGACCAUUUCAGAUUUGCAAGGUAUUAGCCCUUUGAUCUGUAUUCAUAAGAUAUUCUUGGAAGAAGGAGCAAAACCAGUUAGGCAAAUGCAAAGGAGAUUAAAUCCUAACAUGAAAGAAGUUGUCAGAAAAGAAGUGCUUAAGCUAUUGGAUGCUGGAAUAAUUUACCCAAUCUCUGAUUCUAAGUGGGUAAGUCCAACACAGGUAGUACCCAAAAAGUCUGGAGUCACUGUUGUAAAAAAUGAGAACAAUGAACUGAUUCCCACACGCAUCCAGACAGGAUGGCGUAUGUGCAUUGAUUAUAGAAAGCUCAAUUCUGUGACAAGGAAAGAUCAUUUUCCUUUGCCUUUCUUGGAUCAAGUUCUGGAGAGAAUAGCAGGCCAAGCCUACUAUUGUUUCUUAGAUGGGUACUCAGGGUACAAUCAGAUAGAAAUUGCACUAGAAGAUCAAGAGAAGACUACUUUCACAUGUCCAUUUGGGACAUUUGCAUACAGGCGCAUGCCAUUUGGGUUAUGCAAUGCUCCAGCCACCUUUCAAAGGUGUAUGAUGAGCAUUUUCAGUGAAAUGGUUGAGCAGAUUGUUGAAGUAUUUAUGGAUGACUUUUCUGUUUAUGGAAGUAACUUUGAGGCCUGUUUGGAGAAUCUGAAAAGGGUUUUAGCAAGAUGUGAGGAAACAAAUCUGAUACUCAAUUGGGAAAAAUGUCACUUCAUGGUGAAACAGGGCAUAGUCUUGGGGCACAUCGUUUCAUCUAGGAGGAUGGAGGUAGACAGGUCAAAAAUUGAAACAAUUCAAAAACUCCCCAUCCCUAGGAAUGUGAAAGACAUCAGAAGUUUUUUGGGACAUGCAGGGUUUUAUAGGAGAUUCAUUGCUUCCUUCAGCACCAUAACAAGACCCUUGUGCCAUUUGUUGUCUCAGGAUGUUCCGUUUGAAUGGAGUCCUGCCUGUCAAAAUGCUUUUGAUAAAUUGAAAGAUGCACUCAUUUCAGCACCUAUCAUUCAGCCCCCUGAUUGGUCCCUCCCGUUUGAACUUAUGUGUGAUGCUAGUGAUUACGCAGUAGGAGCUGUGUUAGGGCAGAGGAAGGAUAAGAAACCUCAUGUGAUAUACUACGCUAGCAAAACUCUUAAUGAGGCACAAAAGAAUUACACCACUACAGAGAAAGAGUUACUAGCAGUUGUCUUUGCCCUGGACAAGUUCCGAUCUUACCUCGUAGGGUCACUAGUAAUCAUUUUUACUGAUCACGCUGCUCUGAAGUAUUUGUUCACAAAGCAAGAUGCAAAACCCCGUCUCCUCCGAUGGAUCUUACUCUUGCAAGAAUUCAACAUUGAAAUCAGAGACAAGAAGGGAGUAGAAAAUGUGGUGGCUGACCAUUUGUCAAGGAUUCCAAGUCAAGAUCUCACACAAUUUGAUGAACCAAUUCAUGACAAUUUUCCUGAUGAGCAACUGUUUGAAGUGAAUGUUAUCCGUGCAUCAUCUGUUGUCCCUUGGUAUGCCGACAUUGCGAACUACCUGGCAACUGGUCUGAUCCCAGACCAUUGGAGUAAGCAAGAUAGGCAUAAAUUUUUCAGAAAAGUCAGAACCUUCUUUUGGGAUGAGCCCUACCUCUUCAAGUAUUGUCCUGACCAAAUCAUCCGUAGAUGCAUACCCGAUCAUGAGCAACAAAGUGUCAUUAAUUUCUGUCAUACUCUUGCAUGUGGAGGCCAUUUUUCUGUCAAGAAAACAGUUGCAAAAAUUUUUCAGAGUGGAUUUUAUUGGCCGACACUGUUCAAGGAUGUGUACAAGUUCUGUUCAAAUUGUGAUCGAUGUCAAAGGUUAGGAAGUCUGUCAAGGAGAAACAUGAUGCCAUUACAUCCGAUCCAAGUGUUAGAAGUUUUUGACUGUUGGGGUAUGGAUUUUAUGGGCCCAUUUGUCAAUUCAUUUGGUCAUGAAUACAUCUUACUUGCUGUUGACUAUGUGUCCAAAUGGGUAGAAGCAAUCCCAGCCAGAACAAAUGACCAUAGGACUGUUGUGAAAUUUUUGAAAGAAAACAUAUUCAGUCGAUUUGGGAUGCCACGAGCAAUCAUCAGUGAUGGGGGUUCUCAUUUUUGUAAUAAAGUUGUGGCAGGAUUAAUGAAGAAAUAUGGUGUACUGCAUAAGGUUGCAACACCAUACCAUCCCCAAACCAAUGGUCAAGCCGAACUAGCCAAUAGGGAGAUUAAGCGCAUAUUGGAAAAGACUGUUGCUGCUAAUCGUAAGGAUUGGUCCUUAAGACUAGUAGACGCUCUUUGGGCAUACAGGACAGCUUACAAAACAAUUUUGGGAAUGUCUCCCUAUAGGCUAGUAUACGGUAAAUCUUGUCAUCUGCCGGUGGAAAUUGAGCAUAAAGCAUAUUGGGCAAUUCAUAAGAUCAACAAGAGUCUAACUGAAGCAGGCUUAUCUAGAAAGCUCCAAUUGAAUGAGCUUGAGGAAAUUCGGAAUGAGGCAUUUGAAAAUGCACGAUUGGCCAAGGUUCGCAUGAAAGAGUUACAUGAUCGGCACAUCAUUCGAAAAAGCUUUCAGGUAGAUGGGUACUCAGGGUACAAUCAGAUAGAAAUUGCACUAGAAGAUCAAGAGAAGACUACUUUCACAUGUCCAUUUGGGACAUUUGCAUACAGGCGCAUGCCAUUUGGGUUAUGCAAUGCUCCAGCCACCUUUCAAAGGUGUAUGAUGAGCAUUUUCAGUGAAAUGGUUGAGCAGAUUGUUGAAGUAUUUAUGGAUGACUUUUCUGUUUAUGGAAGUAACUUUGAGGCCUGUUUGGAGAAUCUGAAAAGGGUUUUAGCAAGAUGUGAGGAAACAAAUCUGAUACUCAAUUGGGAAAAAUGUCACUUCAUGGUGAAACAGGGCAUAGUCUUGGGGCACAUCGUUUCAUCUAGGAGGAUGGAGGUAGACAGGUCAAAAAUUGAAACAAUUCAAAAACUCCCCAUCCCUAGGAAUGUGAAAGACAUCAGAAGUUUUUUGGGACAUGCAGGGUUUUAUAGGAGAUUCAUUGCUUCCUUCAGCACCAUAACAAGACCCUUGUGCCAUUUGUUGUCUCAGGAUGUUCCGUUUGAAUGGAGUCCUGCCUGUCAAAAUGCUUUUGAUAAAUUGAAAGAUGCACUCAUUUCAGCACCUAUCAUUCAGCCCCCUGAUUGGUCCCUCCCGUUUGAACUUAUGUGUGAUGCUAGUGAUUACGCAGUAGGAGCUGUGUUAGGGCAGAGGAAGGAUAAGAAACCUCAUGUGAUAUACUACGCUAAUGGGUACUCAGGGUACAAUCAGAUAGAAAUUGCACUAGAAGAUCAAGAGAAGACUACUUUCACAUGUCCAUUUGGGACAUUUGCAUACAGGCGCAUGCCAUUUGGGUUAUGCAAUGCUCCAGCCACCUUUCAAAGGUGUAUGAUGAGCAUUUUCAGUGAAAUGGUUGAGCAGAUUGUUGAAGUAUUUAUGGAUGACUUUUCUGUUUAUGGAAGUAACUUUGAGGCCUGUUUGGAGAAUCUGAAAAGGGUUUUAGCAAGAUGUGAGGAAACAAAUCUGAUACUCAAUUGGGAAAAAUGUCACUUCAUGGUGAAACAGGGCAUAGUCUUGGGGCACAUCGUUUCAUCUAGGAGGAUGGAGGUAGACAGGUCAAAAAUUGAAACAAUUCAAAAACUCCCCAUCCCUAGGAAUGUGAAAGACAUCAGAAGUUUUUUGGGACAUGCAGGGUUUUAUAGGAGAUUCAUUGCUUCCUUCAGCACCAUAACAAGACCCUUGUGCCAUUUGUUGUCUCAGGAUGUUCCGUUUGAAUGGAGUCCUGCCUGUCAAAAUGCUUUUGAUAAAUUGAAAGAUGCACUCAUUUCAGCACCUAUCAUUCAGCCCCCUGAUUGGUCCCUCCCGUUUGAACUUAUGUGUGAUGCUAGUGAUUACGCAGUAGGAGCUGUGUUAGGGCAGAGGAAGGAUAAGAAACCUCAUGUGAUAUACUACGCUAGCAAAACUCUUAAUGAGGCACAAAAGAAUUACACCACUACAGAGAAAGAGUUACUAGCAGUUGUCUUUGCCCUGGACAAGUUCCGAUCUUACCUCGUAGGGUCACUAGUAAUCAUUUUUACUGAUCACGCUGCUCUGAAGUAUUUGUUCACAAAGCAAGAUGCAAAACCCCGUCUCCUCCGAUGGAUCUUACUCUUGCAAGAAUUCAACAUUGAAAUCAGAGACAAGAAGGGAGUAGAAAAUGUGGUGGCUGACCAUUUGUCAAGGAUUCCAAGUCAAGAUCUCACACAAUUUGAUGAACCAAUUCAUGACAAUUUUCCUGAUGAGCAACUGUUUGAAGUGAAUGUUAUCCGUGCAUCAUCUGUUGUCCCUUGGUAUGCCGACAUUGCGAACUACCUGGCAACUGGUCUGAUCCCAGACCAUUGGAGUAAGCAAGAUAGGCAUAAAUUUUUCAGAAAAGUCAGAACCUUCUUUUGGGAUGAGCCCUACCUCUUCAAGUAUUGUCCUGACCAAAUCAUCCGUAGAUGCAUACCCGAUCAUGAGCAACAAAGUGUCAUUAAUUUCUGUCAUACUCUUGCAUGUGGAGGCCAUUUUUCUGUCAAGAAAACAGUUGCAAAAAUUUUUCAGAGUGGAUUUUAUUGGCCGACACUGUUCAAGGAUGUGUACAAGUUCUGUUCAAAUUGUGAUCGAUGUCAAAGGUUAGGAAGUCUGUCAAGGAGAAACAUGAUGCCAUUACAUCCGAUCCAAGUGUUAGAAGUUUUUGACUGUUGGGGUAUGGAUUUUAUGGGCCCAUUUGUCAAUUCAUUUGGUCAUGAAUACAUCUUACUUGCUGUUGACUAUGUGUCCAAAUGGGUAGAAGCAAUCCCAGCCAGAACAAAUGACCAUAGGACUGUUGUGAAAUUUUUGAAAGAAAACAUAUUCAGUCGAUUUGGGAUGCCACGAGCAAUCAUCAGUGAUGGGGGUUCUCAUUUUUGUAAUAAAGUUGUGGCAGGAUUAAUGAAGAAAUAUGGUGUACUGCAUAAGGUUGCAACACCAUACCAUCCCCAAACCAAUGGUCAAGCCGAACUAGCCAAUAGGGAGAUUAAGCGCAUAUUGGAAAAGACUGUUGCUGCUAAUCGUAAGGAUUGGUCCUUAAGACUAGUAGACGCUCUUUGGGCAUACAGGACAGCUUACAAAACAAUUUUGGGAAUGUCUCCCUAUAGGCUAGUAUACGGUAAAUCUUGUCAUCUGCCGGUGGAAAUUGAGCAUAAAGCAUAUUGGGCAAUUCAUAAGAUCAACAAGAGUCUAACUGAAGCAGGCUUAUCUAGAAAGCUCCAAUUGAAUGAGCUUGAGGAAAUUCGGAAUGAGGCAUUUGAAAAUGCACGAUUGGCCAAGGUUCGCAUGAAAGAGUUACAUGAUCGGCACAUCAUUCGAAAAAGCUUUCAGGUAGGGCAACAGGUACUCUUGUAUGAUUCUCGAUUGCAUCUAUUCCCAGGAAAAUUGAAGUCUCGAUGGGUCGGCCCAUUUGUAAUCAAGUCCAUCUCAGGAUAUGGGGCCUUUGAGAUAGAAAAUCCGGAGUCAGGACAACUUCUUACAGUCAAUGGUCAUAGGUUGAAACCAUACCGGGGUAGUGUUGAGAAGAAUGAAGGCAUUGUGGAUUUGGAUGAUCCAUCAUCAUCUGAUGAGUAGGGAAAGUUUCUUAUCGUCUGGGAAUCUGACGUUAAAAGACCACCUUUCCAUUUAGGUUAAAUGGAUGUCUCUAGAUUUAAAAAAAAAUAAAAAAAAAAAAAAAAACAAAAAAACAACAAAAAAAACAAAAAAACAAAAAAAAACAAAAAAAAAAACAAAAAAAAAAAAUUAAAAAAUAAUAAUAUUAAAAAAAAAAAAGUAUAUAAAUAUAUAUAUAUAAAUUGUUUCUUUCUACAUUAUUCAAAUAACGUUUCUCUGUGUGCAGUCUAAAUAAAAUUUUUCCAUACGAGUUCAUGCAUUAAAGACCGUCAGGUAUGCCUAUCUUCUAUCAUUUUAUUGCCAAUUGAGGACAAUGUGCAAUUUAAGUUGGGGGGUAAGGUGUACUUAAAGAAUUGAUUUUGGUUGACUUGAUAAUAUUGUCUUGUGUGGUGUAUAUGAUUUUAUUGGGCCCCUAAAAAAAAAAAAAAAAAAUUUAAGAAAAAAAAAAAAAAAAUUUGAAUUGAGAGAGAGACAGAAUUGACGUUGGUGGUAGCCAUUUUCUUUUCGGGCAGUGCAAUCACACUACCCUAUAAAGAAAGAGGCACACUGCCAAAUGUUGAAAAAUGAGGCACCAAGCGUUGAAAAAGAGACGCCAAGUCUGACGGUGCAAUUAUGGCAUGCCUCGAGUCGAGUGUAGAAUAGUGAUACCCAUUGCUCUAUAAGAGACUCCAUAUCUGUAUAAGGCAAGCCACCCUUCUUGAGCUCAGUCUUCUCUCCUUUAUGUUAUUCUCCGAUCAGGUACUCUCAUCCCUUUUGUAAAGUUUAUAGUUCUUUACUUUCUUCUUAUAGUUGUCUUUUAAAAAAAAAAAAAAAAAAAAAAAUGGAUCUUUAUCUAUCAAAAAUUCACAAGUACUAUCCAUCUCUCCCACAGAAUGAUCUGAAAAAAAUUUAUGCUGCUAGGUGUGAAAGACUUAGGCUGUUGAUGCGUAAUAACAUCCCUGAAGAUAUUCGUUGGCUGAUCGAAGCAAAAGUUCGAUUAGCUGGUGAAACUUCACCUAGUUUUAAGCAUUUUCCAGGCUUAGGGAAGAGUAGUUUUGCAAAGAAAAGAAGAGCGAAAAGAGUGAAUGGUUGUUACAAAUGUGCUCGAUGGACCUGUAACACACGAUGCAAAUCUGUGGGGUUUACGUCCAUAAAUCGAGAAGAUAAAAUUAGUUUCAUAAAGGAUGGACUGAGUAAGGAGUCUUUGGAUGAUAUCCGAUUGACUCUUGAGACGCAUCCAUGUGGAAUAGUGCAAAGAGAACUUCUUGCUUUAUGGACCCAGUUUAGAAGUGACCACCAACGCUAUAGUCUUGGGAAUCUGACUAAAAACGACCCUGUUUGCCAAUCUAUAAGAAAAUUGGAUGGGAAGCUUAUCCCCGCUUCAUAGAAAGUGUUUAAGCCGUUUCUGGACGUAAAACCAGAGGAAGAUGUGAGCCACAAUCACAACUACUUAUACAUACGCAUGAUUUUUCUUUGUACUUAUUUCUUGUUGAAUUGUUGUAUAGCUACUUUUGAUUGCCAAACUUCUUUUCAGGACAUACAAAAGGAACAAACAUGGAAGGCCAAUUAGUUCGUCGAAUUAAAACCAUAUGUGUACUUUGUGGCUCUCAACUUGGGAGCGGUAUUUGUUACGCACUUGCAGCGAACGAACUUGGUAAAAAAUUAGGAGAGAAAAAAAUUAAUUUGGUAUAUGGAGGGGGAAGUCGUGGAUUGAAUGGUUAUGUUUCACAAGCUGUACAUCUUGGAAAUUCAUCUGUGGUAGGUGUAAUGCCAAUCCCUUUGGCUGAACCACAUAUUUCCGGGAUUACACGCGGUCAACUUAUAGAAACGACUUCUAUGUCUGAACGCAUGGCUUGCAAGAUUUAUCAGUUAGAUGCCUUUAUUGCUUUACCAGGAGGAUUUGGAACACUUGAAGAAAUAUUUUGCAUAAUCUCCUGGGCUAAGAGUAAUCUCCAUACCAAACCCAUUGGACUUUUAAAUGUUAACCAUUUUUUCGAUGGGUUGCUCUCUUUUCUUGAUCAGGCUGUGGACAAAGAGUUCAUUUCUCUUUCAGCAAGAAAGAUUCUCAUUUCUGCAUCUACCAUUGAUGAACUGCUAGAGAAAUUACACGCUUAUGUUCCACAGUAUGAUCCUCAUGAGCCUCGAAUAGACUGGUCUAAAGCAAUUAGUAACAAGCGCCAAAGGGGUCCGAUUAAUUUAGAAUUAUCACUGUGAGAAAUGCUCUUUAUUAAGAUGGCUGAGUAAGGAGUACUUUUUGUACUCUUGAGACGCAUCGAGUUAUUGAACAACUUGCAGGAUUUUUCUUGGUUGUGUUCUUAAAAAAAAAAAAAAAAAAAAAAAAACUGUGGAAUGUUGUUAGCAAAGUCUUCGAUAAGAUGGCUGAGUAAGGAGUACUUUUUGUACUCUUGAGACGCAUUGUGCUUAUCUUAUGACUUACAUGAAAUUUUUAUUUUGGUGUGAAAAUAUAAAUAUAUAUCUAUAUGGUAUACUCAUUUGUUGUUUAAGUUUUAACAGUUCACAGCAAAUCUAUGGACUUGUGGAGUUACAGGUAUUCCUAACAACCCUAAUUUAUUACUGCAAUUCAAGUUGGGGGGUGUAAGGUUUAGUUAUGAAUCAUUUGGUUCAUAUUUAACUGUGAGUUUGUUAUUACUAGUUUGUAGUCUUGUGGGAAUUUAUUAUCUUUAUCUGCUCUUAAAAAAAAAAAAAAAAAAUUAUGUUUUAAAUAACGCUAUUCCUAAAGCUUUGAAGUUAUACACUGAUAGCUAGUUAAGUUUGCAAUACGAAACAUGAAUGUAUUGAUUUCUUAUUUGAAAACGUAUAUGCAUGAAAAUAAGUAAUUUGCAUUCAUCAGGGAUUCAAAAUUUAGAAAUUGGUUAUCGGUCAUAAAGUCAAAGGUAACAGUAAUUAGCUGAUUAGUACACUGUAUGAUCUCUCAAAAGUGGAGACUAUUACCCAAGUGAGUGUUUGAACCUAAUAACCGUUAAUUCUGAGUGAAAUAACACUUACUCUAAAUAUGCUUUAUUGUUAUCUUAUCUUUUCAAUGGCUUCAAAACAUCAAUUCGCUUUGAAUGUCUAGUAUGAUAGUGGAUGAAUUUGACUGGUUUCAAAUUCCGAAUUAGAUGACUGAGAAGCAUGAUAAGGGGAUCAAUUUCUUUCAUUUUGAGCCUAUUAAACUUUUUUUUCUUUCUUCAAAUUAACAUCCCUUGUUAGCCCAUUUGAACCAUUGGUAGUAUAACUUCUUUCAUUACUCUUAUUCAACCCAUAACCAUAUGAAUUUUGUUCAAAUUGGUGUGAUUUUGGGAAUUAGUCUGUCUAGCUAUUUUCAUAUUUAAAAAAAAAAGAAAAAGAAAAAGAAAAAGAAGAAAAAAAAAAAAAAAAGAGUGAAAAAAAAAAGAAAAAAAGAAAAAAAAAUAUAUCUAAGCUAUUCAGUACAUUGUUUCAAAAUAAAUGCUAAAAAAAAAAAAAAAAAAAAAAUCCCCACACACCAUUUGCACACUCUACCUUUUCUUUGACAACUCGUGUUAACCUCAUAGCCCCAUUACAACCCAGUCUGGUCCCUUUUGAUGCUAUAAAUCAUGUGAUCUCAGAAUUCGAGUUUGGAGUAGGGAAUCAUGUUUAAAUUCAGAAGUUAUUCAUCUAGAGCAUUAUUCCAAUCAUGAAGCUAUGUCAAUUUCCUUGUUCUUUCAUGAAAAUACGUUCCUUGUAUUUGGGAUGACACCGAGUUUUGAACUUGUUCUACAUUUACUCUUAUAAUGGUGCACCCCCUUGUGUGUACACCUGAGGAAUCCUUUUUAUUGGAGGGAAAAUCCAUAGUAAGUUUUGAAGUCAAAACUUUGAGGGAGUAAAUCCGUGUGUUGGUUAUCCUAAUUACUAUUCCUGAGAUUGUAUGACCUUUAACCAAAAACCUGAUUUAGAAUGCUAAAUUAUUUAAUCAAUUUUAUGCAUUUCGGUUUCGAAUUUGAAAUUUUUACAUUCAUACAGUUAUUAAAGCUUGGCAUGUGUAUAGUCUGAUUGCUAAGGGACUAGCAAUGUUUAAGUUGGGGGGUAUGAUUAGUAGUUAAUUUUGUAAAAAUUUUGUUAUAAUUAUAUCCUUCUUUUGAUCUUAAAUAUGGUUUAAAUUAGAUAUUAAUAUAUAUUUUAUGGUUAUAUGCAAGUUUAAAUUGAAAGAUGAAUGAAAUGAAGUUCUAAAGUAAAUAAUAAUAAUAUAUAAAAUUAUAUAUAAUACAUAUACAUUAUUAUAUACAUGCAUAUAAUAUAUAUAUAUAUAUAAAAUAUAAUCUAAUAUAUAUGUGCCAUGUAUAAUACAUAUAUAUAAUAUGUAAUUUAUUAAUAACAUU